CAUGUAAAUACCUGCUCAGGUAAAUAUGUCAAACUGGUCUUCUUAGGUGUGUAAUUUAUAGAGAGAUGAGGAUUCUGAUUUAUGUGUUGGCCAACAUACUGACCGCAAGUCUACCGGACUGAAUGAAAAUUAAGCUUCGGUGGCUGGCUUAAGGUCGAAAAAAACUUUUAACGAUUUUAAAAACUGUGAAUUAUUAGUUGAUAAAUGGAUAAACAAGGGAUAAUACAAGUUAAUAUUAAGAAUGAAAAACAACAUUGAGAAAAGAAACUAAUCUAAUUGAAAAAUGUCUUCUGCAAACAUCACAGAUACUCAUGCCGAACUCGUUCGUCUAAAUGACGAGAAAGCUCUGUUUUAUCUACCAGUAAUAAUUUACAUGUUAAUCCUCAUGUUUGUUGGAACGUUUGGUAAUAUUUUGGUGUGUUGCGUUUACCUCAGUAAGCAAACAAAAACAUCAUCACAUUAUUUCAUACUAGCGCUCGCCAUGUUGGAUUUGCUCACAUGUUUAGUAGGAAUGCCGACGGAAGUAGCUGAUCUUCGAUACCCUUAUAUGUUUUACGCUCCUGCUGCAUGUAAACUAUUGAGAUUUAUUGAAUCUGUUUCUAUUAUUGGAUCGUCAAUAAUUCUAAUAGCCGUUGCAUUUGACCGAUUUUUUCGAAUUUGUCGCCUUGGAAAACAAGUAACUGUUAAGCACGCAAAAAUUGCAUGCUUGUUAUCUGUUGUCGUCGGAAUACUAGCGGCAUGGCCAGCAUGCAUUUUGUUUGGAGAAAAAAGUGUCGAUAUUGGACUCGAAGGAGUAAAUGCUAUUGACUGCUCAACCGAUGACUCUAUGCGAGGUACUGUGUAUCCGACAGUUUAUUAUGGAUUUCUUUUCUUGUUAUUCAUAGGAUGUUUCAUAUUUUUUACUAUUAUUUACUUGCAAAUAGGUCUAGUCAUUUGGAAACGUAAGCGAACAAGAAUUGGAGAAAAACUUCCAGAUACUCCGACGUCAAAAGAGAGACCUUCAUCAGACGGUGUGUCAAACGACCCAAUAAGUACUGAAAUGUCGUCCGGAAAUGACGGAAGCUGGGAAAGUGAAAGACGGAAAUCGACAAUAUCUGCACGAAAUUUUAAAAAGCAAAGUUCGAAAAACCAGAUUAAAGUUACUCGUACGACUGUUGUAUUAUUUGCCGUAACUGUAGCUUACGUCAUUAGUUUCCUUCCAUUCCUCAUCGUCAUGGUUUUAAGGAGUACGAAAAAAGACUUUGAAGAAUCCCUGUCGUCUGCUGGUGAAAUGCUCUACAAAUUUUGCUCAAAAUCGUAUUUUAUCAACAAUGCUAUUAAUCCUUGUAUUUACAGUUUUCUGAACAUAAAUUUUAGAAAAGACACAAAAAAUUUGAUAAAAAGGAUUCUUGCUUCAUGUUGUUGUCGGAAUAGAGGUGGAACGACGGUUUAACUUAUUUGACUCAUAUACAUUUUCAGUGCAAUAAACCAUGUUAUUUCAUUUCAUCUAUUAGUAUACGUAAUAAAUAACACUAAAUUUC